CGAAAAAAAAACAACAAACGACAAAAACUGUUUUAGAUAUCCCGCAUCACAGAGACUCGCUGGUCGAAAUUAUACAUUGCCACAGCGUCGUUGCAGGCACUCAUCAUUAUCAUUUUGCAAGCACUCAUUUGUUCACAAAACACGCUCCAAGCGAACUUACUCCCCCCACCAGCGGGCGACUCGGUGCUGACGUCGAAUAUAACCGGCGACGAAAUGAUACCUGAACAAGCAGCCGAUCGACUGGGCAGAAUUAUCUGGGAAAACAUUGCAUUUAUUGGUUUCCAAGGAUGGUUCUUGGUGAUGGUCUUUGAUGCGACGGUUUAUCAAAACACCGCGGAAAUCCUAGCACUCGCCGUACUGAAUGCGAUUUGUGCUAUUCUCGGUGCUCUACAGGUGGUCGAUGGUAACAAAUGGCUGGAACGGCUCGCAAAAACAGAUUACUCCACCGCACACCUCGAGACGGCACGAUGGCUCGAGAUUGCGCUCUGUGUCGUUAUUUUGUUGUUCGCUUGCAUGAUGGCUUAUCUCAGUUACGAGAUGUCUAGGCAGUUUGGUUGGAAUAUUUACAAGAAAAUCGGUGCCGACGUUCAAAUGCAAAAAAUGUACCGGAUGUUCCAAUUCUUCGUCCUAGCCCUGAAAAUUGACGUGUUUACACAAUUUCUCGUGUCGUUGUUCUACGUAAUUCAAUUUGGCACCAAAGUUGAAGGCGUUGUUUGGGAAACCGGCAUUCAGAUUGUCGUCACAAUUCUUAUCUUGCCGAUGCUAUAUUUUGCACGAACAGCAGGAAGCACGGAAAGUUAUGGACGGAUGAUCACAUUCAUUACUUUUGAGGCGAUCGUCAUUGUGCAUUAUGCCUUGAUUCUAAAGCAAACGUUGCAACCUGACAACAGUUGGUACACCUGGAUUUGCCUAGUGCUGAUUGGUAUUGUCCUUUGUGCUGGAACGGGUAUUCUCGGUGGCAUCUGCAUGAAUAAUUUUGGCAAGGGAUUAAAGUCCUACGUCCAAAGAGGCAGUUCUAAAAAGGCCCAGCAAGACGUAGAGAUGGCCAAGAAUAACAACAACAACUGGCAGAUUGACGAAGACUAGACAGCAUGCGUAUAAACAAACAAACAUCACCACCUCCUCCAUCUAUUUGUUCUUGUUCAGCACUAAAGUACCACACCUUUUUUUUACCCUUUCCAC